CUCUGCAGUUCAGACACAUGCAAGCUCAGCUUGAGCCACGUUCAGUAUGACACUUUGUGAAAGCUUCAGAAUGCAAGAACUUCUUAAACUGAUUGUCCUUCCAUCCAAAAGCUGCUGUCUAUGAUUAAAUAGCUGUGAUUGUAUUAAGGAAACUGAAAAUGCAGUUCCUCAACCACUGAGCAUUUCUGAACUAGUACAGUGGAAGAAAAGUUGUUCUGCCCAGAAAAAAAAACCUGGUUUCUACACGGAAAAGUGGAACUGCAGUUCAGUCUCCAGCUUCCAGCAAUUGAAAACUUGGACAAUUGCUUUGGGAAAAUUCCUCUUCAAAAGGCACACCAGAGAGGAACAUCCUCAAACUUCUCAACUGAAAACAUGAAGAAGCAAGGCUCGGAUGGCAAUCCUGCUCCAGUCAUGCCAGCACUGCCAGAACCAUUAAAGGACCUGAAAAUUAAGUACACCAAGAUAUUUAUAAACAACGAAUGGCAUGAUUCAAUCAGUGGUAAAAAAUUUCCAGUCUUUAACCCCGCAACUGAAGAGAAAAUCUGUGAGGUGGAAGAAGGUGACAAGGCGGAUGUAGAUGAGGCAGUUAAAGCAGCCAGGAAGGCUUUUGAGCUGGGAUCAACCUGGCGUACGAUGGAUGCUUCAGAGAGAGGAAGGCUCCUGAAUAAACUGGCUGACUUAGUCGAAAGAGACCGUCUGAUUUUAGCUACAAUGGAAACCGUUGAUGGUGGGAAGCUCUUUUCCACAGCCUAUCUAAUGGAUUUGGGUGCCUGUAUCAAAACUUUACGCUACUGUGCGGGCUGGGCUGAUAAAAUCCAUGGACGUACUGUUCCAAUGGAUGGAAACUUUUUUACAUUUACAAGACAUGAGCCCAUUGGGGUGUGUGGCCAAAUUAUUCCUUGGAACUUCCCAUUGGUUAUGCUCAUCUGGAAGAUUGCCCCUGCCCUUUGUUGUGGAAACACAGUGGUUGUCAAACCAGCAGAACAAACUCCACUCAGUGCCCUUUACAUGGGUUCCUUAAUUAAAGAGGCAGGAUUUCCACCUGGAGUAGUGAAUAUUGUGCCAGGCUUUGGACCCACCGCUGGAGCAGCAAUUUCUCACCACAUGGAUAUAGAUAAAGUAGCUUUCACAGGCUCUACAGAGGUUGGCAAACUGAUUAAAGAAGCAGCAGGGAAGAGCAAUCUGAAGAGAGUUACCUUGGAACUUGGAGGAAAAAGUCCUAACAUUAUAUUUGCAGAUGCAGACUUGGACGCUGCUGUGGAAUUUGCCCAUAUUGGUCUGUUCUAUCACCAGGGACAAUGUUGUAUAGCAGGAUCUAGGAUUUUUGUGGAAGAGCCUAUUUAUGAUGAGUUUGUUCGCCGGAGCAUUGAAAGAGCAAAGAAAUAUACUCUUGGGGAUCCUUUGAAGCCUGGUGUACAGCAAGGCCCUCAAAUUGAUAAGGAGCAGUUUAAAAAAAUCCUGGAGCUAAUUGAGAGUGGGAAAAAAGAAGGAGCCAAACUGGAAUGUGGAGGUGGUCCAUGGGGAGACAAGGGUUACUUCAUCCAGCCCACAGUUUUCUCUAAUGUUACGGAUGACAUGCGCAUCGCCAAAGAAGAGAUAUUUGGACCUGUUCAACAAAUCAUGAAGUUUAAAACUGUAGAUGAGGUUAUCAAGAGGGCAAAUAAUACCACUUAUGGCUUAGCAGCAGCAGUUUUUACCAAAGACAUUGACAAAGCACUGACGUUUGCAGCUGCCCUUCAGGCUGGAACAGUAUGGGUUAACUGCUAUAGUGCAUUGUCUGCUCAAUGUCCCUUUGGAGGUUUUAAGAUGUCAGGAAAUGGACGAGAAAUGGGAGAAUAUGGACUUCAUGAAUAUACAGAAGUUAAGACUGUCACAAUCAAAAUCCCUCAAAAGAACUCGUAAUGCUGUUUGAGGUGCAGAAAUUACCAUCUUCAAAUGAAUCUGAAAAGGCUAUCUGAAUUCUUAAAUGUUUUGUUGUCCAAGUGAUUCAUUACGUUUUCUGCUUUCUGACUGUAUAACAGGUACCUUCUUACAUUAACAAUAUAAGGAGUAGCAUAGAAAAAAAUUGAUGUGAUUAAUUAUGAAAUCUUUAAUGUCUGGUUCACAGAUAACUAAUUUUAAAAUUCAUAUCCAGAAAUAUCCACUCUUGUUUGCAUUUGUAGUGUUCUGUAGUAUUAUGAGAAUUUUUGUUUUUCAGUGUAUUCUACAAGUACUGUUUGGAUUUAUGUGUUCUUGUAAGUGUUAGAUGGCAAGCUCUCUUGCAUUUUAUUUGUGGCCUAAACAAAAGCACUUAAGAGUAGUUAGCAGAUGUGUCUAUGUUUCUCUAGAUAUAUUACUUAGACUAUUAAAGUUGUUCGUCAUGCUGUAUGAAUGUAAUCUGUCUAAUGUUUAAAAAUAUUAAAAUUAAUGCAAAAAACCUA